AUGAACAAGAAUGGGAUAAUUCGGGAAGAAGGAGACGUCUAUCAUUACGGCGGUUUCCAUCCUGUGCACUUUGGAGAGGUUUAUAAUGGCAAAUAUGAAGUAUUAAGAAAACUAGGCUAUGGUCGAUAUUCCACCGUCUGGCUGGCGCAAAACACUCAAAACAAAGCAUUCAAAGCCCUAAAAGUCCUCGGCGCAGAAUGCUACAAAGGAUCAAAUGAUAUCUACGAACUCGAGAUCCUCCAACAUCUCCGCGAUGCAGAUCCCUCUCAUCUCGGCUAUGGCUACAUUUCCACAUUGCUGGAUUCAUUCGAGCAUGAUGGCCCUAAUGGACGCCAUGUCUGCCUCGUGUUUGAUGUAAUGGGUGAGACGCUACGCAGUUUUGGGACGUGGUUUCGCCACCAUAUGGUUCCCAACGCAGUUAUGAGGCGGUUUACGUUUCAGUUGCUGAUAGCUUUGGAUUAUGCGCAUGAUUGUGGUGUUGUUCAUACUGAUAUAAAGCCAAGUAAUAUCAUGGUAAAGAUUAAAAACGAGUCCGUCAUCUCAGACCUAUAUCUACCAAACAAUCCUCCUGAUCUAGCAGCCUACAAUUCAUCGACUGACCCAUCUAUUAUCAAAUGUCAGCCACUGAAACAUGACUACUUCCACCAAGGAGCAGAUUUUCUGGACUUUGACAUUGUAUUGGGUGACUGGGGAGUAGCUAGUUGGACACGCUUCCAUCUAUCCGAGCUCAUCCAGCCAGUCGCUCUACGAUCACCAGAAGUCCUCAUAAAAGGGCCAUGGGGUCCAUCCACUGAUCUUUGGAAUCUGGGUGCUGUCUUGUUGGAAGUAUUCCGUGCUGUGCGCAUGUUUAGUGGAGUAAAUCCAUCAAGUGGUGAUUAUGAAAUCAGAGUCCAUUUGCAUGAGAUUGUAGAUCUCUUUGGGCCAUUUCCAAAGCCAUUUUUGGAAAGAGGAGAUCAAGAGAUGGUCAAAGAGUACUUUGAUGAUGAGGGGAGGAUCAAAGAGCUGCCUCCUCUUGACCGGCCUGGGCUAGAGUCAGAGGCCUUUAUGGAGGAUUUAAAUGAAGAGGAUAGACGCAAGUUUGUCAUGUUCUUGGAGUCUCUAAUGAAGAUUGACCCAGCAGAUAGAAAGAGUACGAUGGAGCUACUUGCUACGCCUUGGAUAGAUGCCGUGAAGCCUAAAGCCUAA